UAAAGAUCUGAUACUCCAGAUCCUGCAGAUGAUCAGACAGGAACAGGAGAAGUUCAGGAACUCUAAAGCUGGUGGAUGGAGAGGAGAAACAGCUCAGUCCUACAACCUGGGAACCUGUCACAGGUGCCCCCUCCUGCUCCAGCGUGGCUUCCCCUCACCUCACACAGAAAUGGUUCAAUGUUGGCAUCCCUGGCACCGAUCACAGAGAGACCGGUGCAGAAACGCAGUGGGAUCGUGCCAGCUUUGUUGGCUGCAGCGAUCUUCAUAGCGUUCCUGUUGGCUCUCUACGCCGUCCUGUGGAAGUGCAUGGUCUCUCCACCCAAAAGGGGAAAGAAGAGGCGAAUUCUAAAGACAGCCAGAGCACCAGUGUGACGUUUCUAUCUUCCAUCUCUGUCCAUCUCCCAGGAUGAUGAUGGGUCAUUUCAUCCUGGCACACCUUUCGCUCUACAGUUUACGUUUAUGAACAGAAAUCUGCUGGUGGAUUUUUGCAGAUCACCAUUCCUUGGUGACUAACAUGGCAAUGAUGGUCGGAUCUGAGGACAUGUAUAUGGUGAACUGUGGCAGGUUCUCCACUAGAUGGCGACACCAUUUAUGUUUUCAGACUGGUGACAGACCCUGACAUCAGGGACCAGUAAACAGGAUUAGUUAAAUAUGGCAUUGAAAGUGUUUCUGUGCUUGAUUAUUUCGAGCUAUUUAUUUUGUAGAGAGUUUUAAUUUCUACUCAGUGUUUUAUUAAGGUUUUUAAUACUCGUUUGAACUACAUGGUUAUUUUUUCUCAGAACAUUGCAGUACAUAUCACCUGCUGUCACAUUAUUAUUAUUAUUAUUAUUAUUAUUAUUAUUAUUAUUAUUAUCACGUGAGUAUCGACUUGGGGCGGCACGGUGGCUAGCGCUGUCGCCUCACAGCAAGAAGAUCCUGGGUUCGAUCCCCAGGUGUGGCGAUCUGGGUCCUUUCUGUGUGGAGUUUACAUGUUCUCCCCGUGUCUUCUCCGGUUUUCUCCGGGAGCUCCGGUUUCCUUCCACAGUCCAAAAACAUGCAGCCAGGUUAAUUGGAGGCACUGAAUUGCCCUAUAAGUGAAUGAGUGAGUGUAUGUGUGCCUGCCCUACGAUGGACUGGCGCCCUGUCCAGGGUGUUACUGUGUGCCUUGCGCCCAUUGAAAAGCUGGGAUAGGCUCCAGCAACCUCCACCACCCUCCUUGCGAUUUGGAUAAGCAGUUAAGAAAGUGAGUGAGUGAGUAUCGACUUGCAUCACACAGAAGCAGAAGUGUGUAUCGGGGGAUGGGUGAGGUGUCCCCGUUAACAUUUAACAUGUCUAUAUGAUUCCCCUUCCACUUAGUAAAAAUAAAACAUCAUGUUCAAACCUC